GGAUUUAAUCCUAAGGCCGGGUUCCCACUACGCCGGACCGGCAGAUCUGCCGAAAACCGGACACCGGACAGAGUGUUCACAUUACAUCGGAUCCCGGAAGAAAUUCAGACAGUCCUCAGUUGAAUUUGGACCUGCGCGCACAAUGGACGACGAAAUUGUUGUGUUGUGGUGGUAUCUUAAUAGAAGGCAAAAUAAAAGAAAACAUUGGGUACACCCUAUUUUACGGGAAAGAUUUUCACUUGGAACAUUUGAAACAUUAAUGGGUGAACUUAGAAGAGACGAAUCAAAGUUCUUCAAUUAUUUUCGAAUGACAGCAACCACUUUUGACGAUUUACUGGGACGACUAGACAUAAGAGUACGAGAUACAAGUUUCAGAGAAUGUAUUUGCCCAGAACAAAGAUUAGCCAUAUGUCUAAGAUAUUUAGCUUCAGGAUGUUCAUUCAAAGAAAUACAUUACUCAUACAGAGUAGGCGUUUCGACAAUAAGUAAACUAAUAAAAGAAAUGACCCACGUCAUUUGGGAAAACCUAAAGACAGAUUUCCUUAAGCUGCCUGAUACUGAGAGAGAAUGGGAGGACAUCGCUUCAGGAUUCGAAAGAAAAGCCAACUUUCCUCACUGUCUUGGAGCAGUAGAUGGCAAACAUAUCAGAAUUUUGAAACCAGCCAAGAGUGGUUCUAUGUUCUUUAAUUACAAGGAGUAUUAUUCUUUUGUAUUAAUGGCAGUUGUCGAUUCAGAGUACCGAUUUAUUUUUAUUAGUGUGGGCUCAUUUGGCAAGGAAUGCGAUUCUAGUAUAUUAAAGGAUAGUACAUUUUGGCAAAAGAUCAAUGAUGGUACUUUAAAUGUACCAAAGCCUAGACCGCUUCAUGAAAACUUGCACGAAGAAUUACCGUUUAUACUUGUUGGCGAUGAAGGCUUUGCUUUAACACCUAAUCUCCUACGUCCAUAUGGAGGUACACAUUUGAAUACUGAUAAAAAGAUUUUUAACUAUAGACUAAGUCGAGCAAGAAGGUAUGUUGAGUGCGCUUUUGGUAUUCUGGCAAAUAAGUGGCGAAUAAUCCAUCGAGCUAUAGAUCUCAACGUAGACACAGCAAUUCAAGUAAUUAAAGCUUGUGCAGUCUUACAUAAUUUUGUAAGAGAAAAAGAUGGUAUAAAUUUUGAAAGUUACCAAAAUAUAGAACAUAGACAAGAACAAGAAACUACACCCAUGAAUCGAAAUGUGUCGAGUCGAGGUGGCCCUAAUGCCAACGCUAUACGGACAUCAUUUACUAAUUAUUUUGUUUCAGAUAUUGGUUCCGUUCCGUGGCAGGCAGCAGCUAUAAAAUAAAAUUUAUCAAUGCAUUUACAUUUUAUCAAUAAAACAUUAAAAACUCA